AAAAGAAAAAACAAACUGCAUCUGGAAAAUAUUCAAGCUGACCCAAAUAUAAUAAAAUAGCAAUUAAAAUAUAUUCAUAACCCUUUGUGACAUGUUCUGCUGCCUGCGCACAUGCCUCAAUGGGGGGCAGCUGCGAAAACCAACGUCAGCUGCGCAUCGUCUCAGGGAGCCCGAAGUGCACCUGGAUGCGGCACAUAUGGGCCCCGAUGUCAUAUUGCUAUCGCAUCAGCUGCGUGUAACGGGCACAGGCGGUGUACUGGCCACAGCGCCCCUGGUGCAGUCCAAAUCCUACUUCGAGGUGAAGAUCCAACAGAGCGGCAGCUGGUCAAUUGGCUUGGCCACGCGUCAGGCGGAUCUGACACGCAAGUGGGGCGGCGGGGAUCGUGAAUCCUGGUGCCUGUGCUCCGACAAUGCGACACGCCACAACGACGAAGAGUUCCGACCCGUUGUGGCCAACUGCAAACAGCCAACGGCGGCCGCCAAGACACCCGCCGCCGCGGUCACAUCCACUGCCAAUGGUAUAUUGAACAAUAGCGCUGCCGCCGCAGCGGGCCUGAUCGCCAUUGAGGAUCUGCAGGAGGAUCUGCUGAUGACCACUGGCGUAGAGACGGCACCCGAGCUGAGCCCGGUGGAUGCUUUGAUCAGUGCACCGCAGCGUGACUAUCCCGACGAGGGCGACAUACUGGGCGUGGCCUUCGAUCAUGUCGAAUUGAAUUUCUAUUUCAAUGGCAAAAAUCUGGAAGUGCCUUUUCGCAAUGUACGCGGCUCGGCACUGUUUCCGGUCAUCUACGUGGGCAAUGGCGCCAUACUGGACAUUAUUCUGGAUAAUUUUACGCACGGUCCACCCUCGGGAUUUGAGCGCAUUUUACUGGAGCAGUCACUACUUUAGAGCAUCGGCUUAAAGUCACAUGCCAUGAACAAAAUAGCAGGCUAAGGGUUUUCUACUGCCAGCUCCUGCUUCAAACGUAUUGAAAAUUAUUUCUAGUCUCGCAGCUGCAAAUGUUGACGCCAUGAAUCGAUUCUCAAAUCAAAUCAAAAAUCAAAGGCUCGUUUUAUCCAAGUCCUUUAAACUUUAAAUUCUUAUCUGAUUGUUCCCACUGUUAACCAGCACCCAACUUGCGGUUAAAUAUCUGUCGAACCAACUGCUAAUUCAGUCCUUUUCUACUAUGUAUUUUGUUCUCUGGCAAUUCGGUUAUUUCCCUAAUUAAUCGGAAAAUACAGCAAACCUACAGCUAUACUCUCUUAACAACACAACUUCCCUCAAGGUAAAAUAUGCAUAUGUAAAAGUCAUGUUGUUUGACCCCUUUAAAGCAAGAUAUUUGGUAGUAUCUUAUAAAUACCCACGUCAGCUAGUAUUAAGUCUCCGUUAAGAUGAUUUCAUUUAUCGAGCAUUAAAACAAAUUCAUAGGAGUACAUUUAUAUGGGUCAGCAUUGAUAAGCACGUGCUUGAUCUGACUGUUUGAACUUUUCGCAACACAAAUCUUGAGAAAACGAGCCUAGAAAUUAGAAUGUCCAAUCAAUCAACAAUUUCAAAGCAAUUCCGACACAUUUCUUAUUAAUUAAGGCGAAAAUACUUUAACUAUAGCAUAUGCAAAAUUUAUUUCAUGUCACAUUUGUGGUUGACACAAUGUUGCGUAUUAUUUCAAUUUUUUAAUGUAUGUUUUGUAAAUUAUUAAAACGUAGCUAGAACUUGCGACUGCUUUGUAUAAUACACCACUCUAUAGACCAUAUAUUAAUAAAUAUUAUAUUUCUUUCGUACAUUCCCAUUAUACAAAAAAAAAUCUAUUAAAGUUAUUGCACUAUAGCCUAACUUUAUGCACUCGAGCACGGAAAUUAUCUAACUAUAUAUGUACACUACAUUUAAGGAUCUGUACUUAACGCUUUGAAAACUGACUAAUCCGCGCGCGGACAAUAAUGAAUGUUAUGUAUACUUGUAUUGUGCGUAUUUACCUUAUAUAUGCGUAUAUAU